AUGGCACUCGCGGUUCCUGACCCGGUCCCAUUGGGCACUAUCCGCGAGUUGACGAUGCCUCACUCUGUACAUCCAACCAUGUCUGCUGAUGAAGAAAUGACACUAGCCGGUGUUGAUCGAGUGACGAAUUUUCCCUUCUCGGAGAGACCGGGACGCUCGAAGAUAUCACGGAAAUCACUGCUGUCGAUUCUCCCUGAGCGUGCGACUGUCGAAGUGUUUAUUCGCAUCUAUCUUGAUACUAUCGAACAGGCUUAUUCAGUUCUCCAUCUGCCUUCUUUCACCUCGGAAAUUACAGGAUUCUGGGAGGACCCCUACGUCGUGAGUGACAGCUGGCUCGCAAUGCUCUUUGCUAUACUCUCUCUGGGAUGCCACGCCUAUAACGCUGCCAAUAAAGGCUCCUACCCUGGACUGGACGUACAGCUAUUAGAUGCAUCUGAAGCGUGUCUUAAGAUGACGCCCUUGAUGUAUUGCCCCGACAAAUGCAACAUCCAGACCCUGUAUUUGAUGGUCAUAUUCAAGCAGCUCGACCGCAUGUCGUGCCACCAGACCGGUGCCUGCUGGCCACUUACUGGACUGAUUGUCCGUCUUGCAAUGAUGCUUGGUAUACACACGGAAAGCCCUGGUAACAAUACAUUAUCAGAGCUGGAAAUCGAACACCGCAAAGAGCUAUGGGUCUCGAUUAUCCUGCUCGAGAUGCGCCAGUCUCUAGUAUCAGGAAUGCCCCUGCUCCUCCAAUUGACAGACCUUCCUAAAAUUGAACCAGCGAGCAACGAUUCCAUAUCAAGCUUCUACAGCUCAAUACCACUAAUGGCACAAGUACUAUCCACACUCAGCCUCAACGCAAACCAACUCGAGCACGAUAAAGUCCUCGAAUACGAUCUCCAGCUCAGACAGCUGCUCAAAGAUCCCAACCUGGCCCUUGACUGCACAUCAAAGAACUACCCAGCUCGGAUCCUCCUAAACGUCUUCUACAGACGCCUUCUCCUGGCCCUCCAUACAUGUUUCGCACAGGAGCCACGCGCCUCGACCAGAUAUCCCGUCUCAUACUGGUCCACGCUAGAUAGCUGCCUGGGCCUCCUAGCGGUCCAACGCGAUCUAUGCGAGGACACAGCCAGCAACAGCAAAUACUGCAAACCCGCACAUCUAAUGGCAUGGUUUGCAGGACUAUUCAGAGAAGAUUUCUUUACGGCAGCCAUGACACUUUGCCACCAUCUCGUCAAGGCGAACUCGCCGCUUGAACCCUCGGCUUCGGCUUCGAAUGGAUGUUUCUGUCAGCAGCAGGCUAGGGAUACAAUUAUGGAGACGCUGGUGUCCUGUAGUGGGCUUUGGGCAAGGGAGGAGGGAUUGUCGUAUUGUCAUCGGGAGGCGUCGAGGGUUAUGAGCUCGGUUAUUGAGUAUCUAAGCGUGCAGGAUUCGUGUUGAGGUUGUUG